UCGUUGUGGAGGAGGGACGGUUGGGGGGGGUGAGCUGGAGGAGCCUUGUUCAGCCAUGUUAGUUUUCUGUGCUGUUCACAAACGAUGAGAGAGAGGAACCAUGGCCUUGUCAUUGAGCGGAGACGACGAGGAAUAUGAUUCAGAGUCUGAGCAGCAGCGGGCUGCCAACCGACCGAAGCCCAAGAUGGGGACGUCGUCAGCCGUUAAGCUGCCGUCCAACCGCAGCUCAUCUGGCGCCAGACGCAGGAGGACACGCUGCCGAAAGUGCGAGGCGUGCCUCCGAACCGAGUGCGGAGAGUGUCACUUCUGCAAGGACAUGAAGAAGUUUGGAGGGCCAGGGCGCAUGAAACAGUCCUGCAUUAUGAGACAAUGCAUCGCGCCCGUCCUGCCCCACACGGCAGUGUGUGUGGUGUGUAAAGAGGCAGGGAAGGAGGACACACUGGAGGAGGAAGAGGACAAGUUCAACUUCAUGCUAAUGGAGUGCUCCAUCUGCAACGAGAUUGUCCAUCCACACUGCCUCAAGGUGAGCGAUGCGUCUGGAGUGGUGAACGAUGAACUGCCUAACUGCUGGGAAUGUCCCAAAUGCAACCAUGCUGGGAAAAGUGGAAAAGUAUUGAAGCAAAAAAGGGGUCCAGGCUUUAAGUACGCCUCCAACCUCCCUGGCUCUCUGCUGAGGGAACAGAAGCCUGUGAAGGAGGAGGGAGACGCUUCUUCUGCAGCCAAGAGGAGACCAGACAGAGAGGAGACACCCAGGUACAGACCUGAGGAGUCUCUCCGACAGCCACCACUGCUCUCCCCAAGCAGCCUGCCCAGGCCCAGGCCUGAGGACAAACUGAGGAAGAAGAGGAAGCUGUUUGAGGAUGAUGAGGAAGAGGAUCUCAGUGUGAGGAAGAAGGAAAAGUCAGAUGAUCCUUAUUUUUCUAAACUUCUGCAUCAAAUCAAGACAGAAGAGGAGGACGAAGACGCAUAUGAGGAGGAGGAUGAAGAAGGAAGGGAGCCUCACUUCCGGAGUGGUGUAGAGAGGAAAGGGCGUUUUGGAGAUGCUGAAGACGAACGGGAUGACAAGGAUUCCAAGAAUGAACUUUUGAAUCCCUGCAUUAAAACACCCAUUGGAGACAGUGACCAGUCUCACUGCAGCUCUCCGCAGGCUGGCCCCAGCAGUGAGGGCGGAAGCGAGACCCAGGAAAAAGGUCCUCGUCCAAAAGCUCGCCGUAAGCGCCGUUUACCUAACAGGGAGCUGAGCCGAGAACUGAGCAAAGCACUGAACCAGGAAAUCCAGAAGACGGAGGACUGCCUGGCCAACGAGAACCGCCAACCCCUCAAGGUUGAGCCGGAGACGGAAAACGAGGAACCCAAGAGGUUGUUUCGCAACGGCAGUGAACUCGGGGAUCAGAGGCCUCACCUCAAGACCAAAGAGAUGAAUGGGACCCCGUGGGAGCUGCGCCACUUCUACCCGAGUCAGAUCACUCCGCUAGGCUUCAACAGGAGCACCCCAACCAACCGGCCGGUGCCCCCACGCUCCCCUCCCAAGUGUGUCCAAAUGGAGCGGCACGUCAUUCGGCCGCCUCCGAUAAGCCCGCCUCCCGACAGACUGCCUCUAAAAGAUGGUAAAACACACGUCAUACAGCGCGAGGUCUGGAUGAAGAUCUUUGGCUAUCUCACACACCAGGAGCUGUGUGUGUGCAUGAGAGUUUGCAAGACGUGGAACAGAUGGUGUUGUGACAAGAGACUUUGGAUGAGGAUCGAUUUGAACCGCUGCACCUCCAUCACUCCGCUCAUGCUAAGCGGGAUUAUCCGCCGACAGCCAGUUUCCCUUGACCUCAGCUGGACCAACAUUUCCAAGAAGCAAUUAAGCUGGCUUAUUAAUAGAUUGCCAGGUCUGCGAGUGUUAAAGUUAUCAGGGUGUUCUUGGGCUGCUGUAUCUGCGCUCUGCACCUCCAGCUGCCCUCUGCUGCGCACCCUGGAUGUCCAGUGGGUGGAGGGACUUAAAGACGCGCAGAUGAGGGACCUCCUCUCACCCCCCACAGACAACAGACCAGGUCAACUGGAUAACCGCUGCAAGCUGCGGAAUGUGGAGGACCUGCGGCUGGCGGGGCUGGACAUCACCGACACGUCAUUACGUCUGAUCAGUCGGCAGAUGCCUUCGCUGUCCAGACUCGACCUGAGCUACUGCAACCAUAUCAACGACCAGUCAGUCAACCUACUGACAGCAGCAGGAACCACGACCAGAGACUCUCUCACAGAAAUCAACCUCUCUGUUUGCAACCGGGUCACAGACCAUUCCCUAAACUUUUUCAAGCGCUGUGGAAGCAUCUGUCAGAUAGACCUUCGCUUCUGCAAGCAGGUGACCAAGACGGCCUGCGAAAGGUUCAUCGCAGAGAUGUCUGUGAGCGUACCAUUUAGACUGAAAGAGGACAAACUGCUGCAGAAGACAAGCUAGUUUCUAACAGGAAAAAUAUGAUUGAAAAACUGUCUUUGCACUUAAUGGAACAAUUAUUUUCUUUUUAAACUGGUCCCUAUGAUAAGUCUCUGAGUCAGUGUCACGGUAGACAAAGUGAAAUGAGAGGCGGAUUUCUGGAUGGAGAACUUAGAUGGAUGAUAAACAUUCACUGGACGGACAAAGAGCGAACGUCAUGCAUGUACUUGUGUUGAGAGUUUACUUUUAUAAAGACGUGCUUGUAAUUGAUGGUUGGGUUGUUUAUUUUUAAUCUUUAAAUAUUUGAAAACACAGUAUUUUUAUACAAGCACCAUUUCAUGAGUUUACAGUGUCUCAGGAGCUAAAUAUGACAGAGAGACUGUACGGCAUGGGAACCUCCCUCAGUUUGCCUUCAUACAAGUGUCUCCUAUGUGCCAAAAUCUGUAUUGGACAUCAAUGUAACCUCAGUAUCAGAGGAAAAAAAAAAGAACAUGUACAGUAAUAAAUAUCUGACUAAAUUAUCAUAAAUACUUCCCAAAUAUUUAGAAUGUAUUUCAACAAUGAUAAAACAGAGUAAACAAAUUUCAUAUUCCUGUUACACCCCCAUGUCUUCAGUUAUCUUAAUACCUUUAUGAACUGUUGUGUUGGUAAUUGAUGGGGUUUUCAUCAGCAUUUCAACAUUAAUUUAUUGUUGUUGUUUUUUGUUUUUUUUAUUCCAGUUUGUAUUUAUUCAUUUAUUCAGUAAUUUGACGUGGAUGUCUCAGAGAUGGUUCAAAAUGCUUGCCAAUAAUUUAUCGGGGUGGUUUGAGCCUGUUGCAGCACCCAGUCGGUGGCUUUAACACCCAAAAGCCAGAAGCAGGAAUUUGACAGUCACAGCAAACGUGACCGACAACUUACCUGACAGACUUUGUAUAAUGCAGUCAACCCAGCAUAUCUGGUCCUCUAUACAGGUUUAUAUAAGCAACUAAUUAAGACCUUUGCAAAUAACUCAUUUGCAUACAUUUAAAAAUAAACUCCAUACACUUGGUGUUGUGUGUAUUUUGGGUGUUGUGCUGUAAUCUGCUAUCACCUCAAGUGAAUGUGAUAAUGUUUAUAUUUGUAAAUCCAAAAACUAAGUGCUAAUAUGCAUUAAAAGAAUUUCAUUUGUACUAUCACUGAGUCUUCACUUUUCUUAGUCAUAUUCUUAUGGAAGUGAAAGAUGCCAGGAGUCAUGUUUUCUUGUCCUGUAACUGCUUAAAAUGAGCCGUGUGACACCUCGUCAUAGGUUAUGGCUUCAGUGUGAAUAAGAGCUUGAUGGACCAAAUAAAUUAUGUGUCUGUAUGUAUA